AUGGAACUUCCCAAUUACAGCUGCCAAUUGCUGCAGCAGCUGUAUACCCUCUGCAAGGAGAGACAGUUCUGUGACUGCACCAUAUCUAUUGGGACAGUUUAUUUCAGGGCCCAUAAACUGGUCUUGGCUGCUGCCAGCCUCCUCUUUAAAACGUUACUAGAUAAUACAGAUACGAUCUCUAUUGAUGCAUCUGUUGUGAGUCCAGAUGAGUUUGCUCUCCUGUUAGAAAUGAUGUACACUGGCAAGCUCCCUGUGGGCAAACACAACUUCUCCAAGAUUAUCUCUUUAGCUGACAGCCUACAGAUGUUUGAUGUGGCAGUUAGCUGUAAGAAUCUGCUCACCAGCCUCAUGAGCUGCUCUGGUCCAAGUCAAGUAAUAAGAGACACUUCUCCUCAAACAGUGGAGCCAUGCAGAAAAGACGCUGAUAGACUGCUUGUUGAGAAUCCUUCCCCAAAGAAUGUGCUUGUGUCUCCCCAUUCAGGAGAGGUUCCAUGCCCUCCUGUGGCUCUGAAGGCUGACACUGUGGUGGUGGUUAGCGCAGUGACACAAGACGCUGGGGAGGUGAAUCCUGCCAUGGAGCCACAGGAGCUUGAGAUGAAUCCUUGUGCUGGCCAGGAAGAGGCCCUAGAGAUCGAAAUGAAGAGUGCAGCCUCACCAGCGGAGACUUCCAACACCCCCCAAAUGCAUUCUCUUUCUUCUGGGAAAGAAGUGAUAGAUGAGGAGGUGGAGGAAGAGGAGGCGACGGCAGCAUGUACAUCUCAGAAAAUGACAGAGAACCCCAUAGAGCCAGAGCAUGAGAGGAAAAUGUCUAAGCUGGAUUUCCUUCUGCAAAAUGAAAGCAUCUUCUCUGAAGCGCUCUCUGUUGCCCAGGAUGUACUGAAAAGACUAGAUGAAUGUAGAGACAUUAAGAGUCCCCAUAAGGAGGCUAUCUUGGAGUGUCUGGAAGCUAAAGAAGGAAUCUCAGCAUUCAAAAGAAUCCUCAGUAAAGUCAGAAACAAUGAGUGCCUCGAUGUUGAGACCGUGCUGUCUUUGUUGGAGCUAUUCCAGGACACCCAUCCUGAAGUAAAAGCAGCACUGAGAAAGCAAGAUCCAGAAGAUGGAGAAAAUGCUCAGCUGAAAAGGAGCACAGAGGAGGGAAAGACCUUGUCCAUCCUGUUACUGGAACACAAAGAAGACCUGAUAGAGAGCGUAACCCAGCUGAGACCCAUUAGGGAGCUCCUAGAGUCAGCCCCGGGAGAACUCCUAACCGGUGUGGAAAAAGAGGUGAUUUUGAAUUGCUGCGAGGGCGGAACACCCAAGGAGACAAUAGAAAAUUUGUUGCACAGAGUGACUGAAGAGAAAACAUUGACUGCUGAGAGUUUGGUUAAACUCCUUCAGGCUGUGAAGAUCACAUUCCCCAGCUUGGACCUUCUGCUGAAGGAUUUACAGAAACAAGCAAGUGUGCUGAACACUACAGUCCAACCAAGCCCUGAUGAUUUUGGGACUGAGCUCUUGAGACGGUACCAUGAAAACCUCUCUGAAAUUUUCACUGACAAUGAAAUGUUACUAAAGGUGAUCUCAUCUGCAAGCAGUUUAUCUUCUGGAGAAAGAGAGGCCAUGGAACAGCUUGUGAAAGGUGACGGUAAGUGCGGUGGCUUUGGCGCCCUGAUCUCUGCAGUGCUGGAAGGACAGCCGCUGUUGGGGAGGGCCAUUUGGAAGGUGCUGCUAGGGGCCCAGACAGCCGAGCCGAGCCCACUGAACCUGCUCAUGGAGGAGAUGCACAAGGAGCCCGGUGCCGACUAUUUCUUCCAAGCAGUGGCCACCCCAGAAAGUGCUACUAUAGAAAUCAUCUUGAGACAUGGCAAGCUAAUCACCGAAGCCAUUGAGCCGAGAGCUGAGCUAAAGUGCCUCACUCCAGGAGAGGAGAAACUGGCGGAGGCUGUGAAGGAGAUUCUGAGUGUUUCCUGUGAGCCAGCCAGCCCCGAAGCCUCCCUGAAAGCAGCUCUCAGCAGAGCCCAGGAAAAGUCGCUCCCCACCAUGGAAAUCUGCCGCCUCCUCUGCAGUGUGCAUGAAGUCUUUCCAGGCCUGCAAGCAGUCCUGCAGGAGCUGGGGAGCCUGGGUCUCCUUACAAAGGACAAGGAGCAGGGUGCUCCCGAUCGGUGGAAGGUGCCGGAGGGGCAGAGGGAAGUGUCUGCCGGAAGUCCUGCUGAAUCUGGGGAAGGGAGCGCUAAGGAGAAGGGCACGGUGGCGGAGGACCUGGAGAGCAGUACCGUCCCCUCCCCCAAGAAGAGCUUUGUCUGCACGGCCUGUGACAAGAGCUUCCAUUUCUACUGCCGCCUCAAGGUACACGUGAAGCGCUGUCGCGCAGCCCAGGGGAAGCAGGUGCCAUGCAGAGAAUGUGGCGAAAUGAAGGCCUCCAAGAAAGAGCUGGAGAAACACUUGCAGGAAGCCCACGGUGGGGCUGGGGCACCAGGCACCCCGAAGAAGAAGAAGAGGAGGCUCCCUGUGACCUGUGACAUCUGCGGGAGAGAGUUUGCUCACGCCUCUGGAAUGCAGUACCACAAGCUUACAGAACAUUUUGAUGAGAAGCCUUUCUCAUGUGAAGAAUGUGGGGCCAAGUUUGCAGCCAAUUCAACUCUGAAGAACCAUCUCCGCCUUCACACUGGGGAUCGCCCUUUCAUGUGCAGGCACUGCCUCAUGACAUUCACACAGGCAUCGGCCCUGGCUUAUCACACCAAGAAGAAGCAUGCCGAAGGGAAGAUGUAUGCUUGCCAGUACUGUGAUGCUGUGUUUGCCCAGUCGAUCGAGCUGUCUCGGCACGUGCGGACUCACACCGGAGAUAAGCCAUACGUUUGCCGCGAGUGUGGCAAAGGCUUCCGACAGGCCAACGGCCUCUCCAUCCACCUUCGAACAUUUCACAAUAUAGAUGAUCCCUAUGACUGCAAGAAGUGUCGGAUGAGUUUUCCCACCCUGCAAGAUCAUCGAAAUCACAUUCACGAGUUCCAUUCCAAGGAAUACCAUCCCUGCCCGACGUGUGGGAAGAUCUUCAGUGCCCCAUCCCUGCUGGAGCGACACACAGUGACCCACGUCAGAGGGAAGCCCUUCAGCUGCGGCAUCUGUGACAAGGCCUAUCAGCAAUUGUCUGGUUUGUGGUAUCACAACCGGACCCACCACCCAGACGUGUUUGCUGCCCAGAACCACCGGUCCUCCAAGUUCUCUGCGCUGCAGUGCAGUUCCUGCGACAAAACCUUCGCCAGCACGGCUGCUCACAAGAAGCACAUGAAUGCAGAGCACGCAGACGUGAAGUUCCACGAGUGUGAGACCUGUCAGGAGCUCUUUCCUACCCUGGCUUUGCUUCAAGUUCAUGCCAAGUGCCGGCAUUCAGGUUCCCAGCCCUUCAGGUGCCUAUACUGUGCAGCCUCUUUCCGCUUCCCUGGAGCCCUGCAGCACCAUGUGGCCACUGAGCACUUCCGGCAGACAGAGAACACGUUUCCCUGCGAGGUGUGUGGAGAGCUCUUCACCUCCCAGGCCCAGCUAGAGGCACAUUUUGAGUCUGAACAUAGCAAGGUGGUGGUCACGGAAGCCCAGGUUGCAGCAGCCACCACCCAGAUGGUGCAGGUGAUCCAGGCUCCAGAACCAGGAGCAUCAGCUGAGCAGGUGAUCACUUUGGAGGAGACCCCUCUGACUGGAUCCCAGGUGUUUGUGACAUUGCCAGACUCCCAGACUCCACAGGCCAGCUCAGAGCUGGUGGCAGUGACGGUAGAGGACUUAUUGGAUGGAACCGUGACCCUCAUCUGCGGAGAGGCAAAGUAGAAGCUGUUCCAGAGCCUACAAGAGAUGCUGGGAGUGAGCCAGGGAGAGCCACGCAGUGGCUUAGCCCUUUAGAGAGCGUUCUGAGCUGUGCUGGCUGGCGAGCUUGUGCCACGAAACCCUGAAUGUUCUGACACACUCAGUGUCUGGGAUGAAGACCCCGAGCCCAGUGCCUCUCUCAGAGGCACAGAGGCGGCCUGGCCUCACACAGGUCAGCUGCUUUGGUGUCUGGGUUAUAUUUCAACCUAAAAUCAAGUGUUGCUUCUACAACCCAUGCCUAAUGAACAUCAGGGAGAGAUUUAUUGGGGACUGAAGCUUAGUUUGAUUACAGGCAGCCCCCCCAUAGGCAGAAUGGAUAUGGCCAAACAAGUAUGGCCAAACACGUGGUUUUUAAUCCAUAUAUGAAAUUCCUUAGCAAGAUAUCAGGCAACUCCAACCUAGGGCAUGUUCUGCCCAUCCUUGCUGACACCACCAGUCCACGGUCUCCUUCUGCUGCUGAUUUCUCCAUUCCUGCCUUGGUAAGUGGCAAUCAGGAGGGCAUCAGUAGCCCCCCACCUUCCUGCUAAAUAGAUGUCCAGGGAGCAGGGAGAACAGCUCCCCUUUGACCCAGGGCCUUAGCACCUUUCCCUAACCCAUUGCCCAUGGUGAGGAACCAAGCCGACCUUUAUUUUUUUAUUAUUGGGCCAUCUAAAUAAUGGGUUCUCUUCCCACCCAGCUCCUCACCUCCUUGUGAUGGGUUCUCAUAAGCCUUGGGGCUCGGGCUGCUGUCAGAGCCCAUUUGGUACGCCUCUCUUGUUGCCAGGCCACGGCCCCUCUACAACUACAUUUCCCAAAGCCUUUUAUCUGCCGCUUCCUAAAAUAUAAUCUGAUAAUUAAUGGUUUGUUGACUCCAUUAUGAAGUGCAAUUAGAUGGAUGUAGGUUCCUGCAGUUUGGAGGGAGUGCCUAGCAUUUAUCUUCCAUUCCUUGUGCCAAAAGGUUGGACUCUGCCCGCGCAGUGUUUACACGCUGAGCUGUGAUCCCCGCCACGGCCCAGGCCUCGACCCCCUCUGGAGAGUGAUGUCCAUUUCAUCACUCUUCCUGGAACCAACUCCGGCAGGAGAUAAAACCCAUUCCUUUUUUUUCCAAAUGCACUGUGCACAGCUGUGCGCAGAAGUAGGAGCCUGUUUGUUUAGAUGGAAGGUUUUUUUUGCUGCUUUCUCUCAGUCUGUGGCUGUGGGGGGCUCAACACCUGUCCAUGAGCCGGCUGGCUCUGUAGCGAGGAGUCUCAGACUGGUCCUUCCAUGAGGGUGGUGCCUCAGCUGCUCCAAUCUGGGCUGGUUCUGAGGGCCAGACUGCUAAGAAUAUUGUGUAGGGUCACUGAGCAAUCCCACGUCUGUGUGUAUGUCCCUCAGAUUUACUCAGUAAGCCUGAAGUAAAUGAUGUUUUCAAAGGGGAGAGCCUUAAAGACUGAUAAUGACCAGAAGAUGGUGCUCAAGCCUUUAAGACUUAGCUUUAGCCUUGAUGUGAAGGCCCCACUGUGGCUUCCCCUUGCAUUCUUGGCAGUCAUUUAAGCUUCCUCAGUCCCCGUCCCUGAGCUCUGCGGCUUAGAAAGUACUUGACCCACAGGGAGUGACCUGGGAGGACCUGGAACGUCAGCAUCACGGAAUGGCAUGCAUUGAGAAGGUCCUGGUGCCAAACCCUGGAGAAUCUUCCGGCAGCCACUUUGUGUAAGCAGCAGCACAUGGGCUGGGAACUGUUGCCUACAAUUAGCUGAAGAGGGAGAGAACAAAAGAGAAAGGUUUCAUAAUGGAAGUGACAAGAGAGUGGGGUCACAUGGAUUUGUGUUCUGUGGAAAGGCUUGUGCAUUUCAGACUUGAAUUUCAGUUCCAUGUGAACAUUUGGAAGAAGGCUUUCCCGGAUUCCUGGCAGAGAGAGGCAAACAGGCAGCUUCCACAGAAUUGUUAGGCCUGUGGCAUGCUGAGCGAGAGCGAUCCGAGAGGCCAGGUUGCUGAUCAGGCCCACCAGAGGAGCUCUUACAGAUCUGGCAGCAGCAAAUGGGAGUUGGAAAACCCAUUAUUGGUUCUCCACCUUCCGUUUCAUUCUGAAACUGAAUGAACUUGCUAAGUAGGGGUAGCAGAAUCUGUUUGUUCCACAGAGGAUUCUGAAUAGGAAUACAGCUACUCACUGCCCCUUUUCUCCCAGCUAACCCAGCUUCUCCCUUCCUCCUGACUUCUUUAAAUGUUAUUCCAAAUAAUCCAUUUUCAUUAUGGCCCCCAUAUGUCCACCAUAAGCUUAUGAUCACCUAGGUGAGGGAGGGACUGAACAUUUUCUUAAGAAGUGUGUGGCAUUUUAGGGAAGUGAAUCACAAAUCCAUCUUCUCCGGGCUCCCACGGUAGGUUUGAUGACUGAUGGAGAAGCAGCCAAGAGAAAAAGGCAGUGUGGGAAUCUAAUUCAGGGGGAAGUAACAGGGAUCAAUUAUGGAGCUCUUGUGGGUCGGGGUUUGACCAUCACAGGGAACUACUUCAGGGAGAAGGCAAUUAGAUGAUCAGGAAGCGCGGAUUACCAUAGGAGGAUGAGUCAUUGCUUUUGAGCGUGGUAUACGUGGAAGUAGGACCAGGAGGUCGGCAGAGCAGCCAGGAGACUGAGAAGUCUUUAUUCUCUUCUUUAAAAUAGUCUGUCUCAUCUGCCUCAGAAGCCCCAGAUUCUACAACCUUCUUAAAGCUUUCAGCUCUGCAUGGACCAGAGGCUGGAAUAUGGAUGCUGUGUUCCCAUGGUGAUUAAAAUCCUCUCUAAGGAAUAAAGUGCUUUCCUUCAUGGAGCACCCCCAGGGCCUUGAGAAAGUCAGAUGGCUUCUGGCUUAUCGAGAAAGAAGAGCCUUGCUGCCUGAUGAUUGGGUGAUGGAGUGGUGCUGGGUGCUCCAGACAACAGGAGGGUAUAUGGGACCCCUGCUCUUCACCCACCCAUGCCCUCAGGUGUAAGCACAGAACCAGGAGAAAGAACAGGGGCCCUGGAUGAGCUGCUCUUUCCCCUGCUACCCGUGCUGUUGUUGUCUCCUCAGAGCCAGGAGCGGGACCUCAUUGGAAGGGAGCCUCUGUGUCAACUCAUUUCAUCCAUUGAUGGAGGGCCAUGUGUUGUCCCUUCUUGGGUGAAAGGAGAUGCCAGCCAGCUUCUCCGGUAGAACCAAGUGGUUGUGGGAGAGGCCAUCCCUUCUAAUAGUGAGUGUGUGGGGGAAAGGCUCCAUGCCUGCCUCCUGCUUCACUCGGCAGCACCUGCUCCAGAGAUCUGCUCAGCACAUUGGUGUCCCUAGAAUCCUCAGAAAAAAAAAGAGGGAUUGGCAUAGAGGGAGGCAUUAGCAGAAUUUGGGAUUUAGGGAAUUGUCAGAGAGCGAGAUGGUUAAUUAUCUGUCAUAUUGUGAUAGAAUGUCCCAGAGCUGGUCAGACUUGGGGCAGAAAUAAAAGAGAACAGACUCCAGACAGUUCCCCAGUGUGUGCCUUAGCACACAAGGAGGAAAAAGAGACCAUCCAUGUUUUAGAUGACAGUGUAGGCCAAGGGGUUCCCAAAGCUAAAUCAGAUUUCUUCUAAAUUAUCCAAAUAUAAAAUCAUCAGGUAGAGUGCCAAGAAUAACAGGACUGGUUACCUACCAGUUGUACCUGGAACAGCCAUAUAAUUGACAACAUAAAUUCUACAUAGACUUAAUUACAGCUUCUUCCUUUUGUUAGACCUAAAUUGGUCCAGAUUAAAGAACCAAAAUAUGGCCAUUAGAAAAUUAUGCCUUAUUAAAAAGUGUUGGAUGGACCAUGAUGCUUUCAGGUCUAUUCUGUGGUGCUGAUCUGACUUGCCCUUUCUCCUCGUGAAGGGAUUCUCACUUGACAGGCCUGGUUGCUUAGGUCUGGUUCAGCAUAAGGUUGUGGUCAACAGAAAGGACAAAACAGCCUGGGGUUGAGUUAGAGCUGGGCCACAUCCAGAACAUGACCAAGACAGCAUAGGAGCCAGUGCCAGGGCUGCUGAAGAGCUGUGUGGCUGCAUCUAUCCUGUCACAAAGUCUCAUUACCCCUCCAGAACUUGUCCCCACCCAGAUAGCCCUAGUUCCUAUAUGCCUGCCACCAAGGAUGGCAAAGACAAGUUGAACACCUGGCCGCUGUUGGUUGACUUUUCAUGAAACUGAUAGAUGCCCAAACCCCAUUGUUGUUUGGAUGGUACCUCAGUGUCCCCUCUAGUCCAUCCUUGCCUCUCUGCAUAGAUUGAUACUGAAGUCUCCAUUCCUGGAUUUCCUGAGUCACAUUUAUCACACCAUCCAGCAGCCUUUAAUUAUAUACAUCCUUCAUCUUGGUGGUUCCCUUGUUUCAUGUAUAAACCUGACCACAAGCCCUUUGAGGGCAGAGAAGGUGUGUCACAUACAGACAGAACUUGCCAGACCCUGCAGAUUGAUUCCACGAGAACAGUAUAUUACAGCAGUGCACAGAGGAGGGUGGGUAGUUCACUACAAAGCAAGCUGAGUAGAAGUGUGACUGGGGGGUUGGAGAAGGAGCAGAAGCCGAACUGAGGUUCUCUCCCAGCAUUCUGGGGGUGGUGAUGUAGAGUGGUUAUGCAGUAAGGCACCUACGCUUGUUUGCUUCAUCCUUCUUAGCAUCAGCAGCAUGCCGAGCACUGAGGAUGCACUCACUACAUGCUUGUUGGUGGAGUGAUGCCGACAUUGACAUCUCUGCUCAGACCCUUCUGCCCAAGUGGGCAUUCUGCCUGUAUGGCUGAGAAGGGAAGCUUUCACGCAGUAGGCUCUUAAAAAAUGUUUAUUGGAUUGAACAUCGCUGUUUCUUGGCCAUAUCACCCCAUGGCCACCAGUGCUGACUCCAUCAGAACCUUGGUUCGUCCUUUUUAAUCCCCCAGAAAGAGAUUAGCAGGAAGCUCAGAGCGAUACACAUGGACCAGGGAGCUCCCCCUACUACCUCCAUCAAAUGCUGUUUGCUUGGCCUCACAACAAGCCCUUCCUGCUGGCUCUUUUCACACCAGGGACUCCCUGGUGAUGCCUGAGAACAUUGGAUUGAACAUAUCAGGACAAGAUCACUGCAGAAACCCACUGUGCCCCUCCAGGGAAGUUACACAGGUCUAUCAUUAGGGGGUCCUGAGAAGAAUGGAUUGGAGGUGGCAAAGCUGAGCAGGGGGCUCUGGUGCAGAGAAGAAGAGAGACCUCCCCACUUUUGCACCCCAUGCAGGGUCUGGGCAGAAUCAAACACUCCCAUUAGAAAGAGCUGGCUUCAGAGCUGCCUUUCUUGACAUAAAGAAAUAAGUUGAAAUGAAUAAAAGCCACUGUGGUGUGAAGGAGAGUGUGAGAUUUGGGCUACACAGCCCACUGACAAGUGCUCAUUCAACUGAGCAAACAGUCAUUAGGUUCCUACUUUGUUCAAGGCACUGUACAAGGUAAGCAGUAAAAAUAGCAGAGAGAAAAAACAAGCCAGCCACAGCCUCUGCCUUCAGAGAGCUUACAGUCAGUCUACUGGGAGGGCAGGACAUGUAUAACAGUAAGAGGGGUAAUGAGGUAGAAGAUGAUGGGGCAAAGAAGAGGCCUGGACAAUGUCAUGCUUUAGAACCAUCCAAAUCAGGAGUGAGGGGAGCAAGCAAGGAUGAUGGAGGGAGGCGCACCGGAGUUAAGCCUUGAAGGGAGAGAAGCAUUUCGGCAAGUACAGGUGAGCAGGCUUGCAAGACAACCUGUGCAGAAUCACAGAGGCUCCCAUUCUCUACCAGAGAAUGCCGAGUCUAAGCAUGGUACUGAGGGUGAUGGCAGAAUAAGAAGAGGCAGCUCCUUCCUUGAAGGCAUUUAUCUGUUUGGGAUGAUAAUGCAGGAUGGAGCAGUGCUGAAGAGUACACUUGACUAUAUGACCUUGGAUAAGUCUCUUCUCCCUGGGUCCCAAUUUCUUCUGUAAAAUCAGAUUUAUUAGAUAUUCCCUAGGGUUCCUCCUGGCUCCAGCAUUCUGAGAGUCCUUAUGAAACUACUAUCAUUAGGGCAUCUUGAGAAAAAUGGAUUGGAAAUGGCAAAGCUGAGCAACAGGGCUCUGGUGCAUUGGGGCGAGGAGAUGUAUCCCCCAGGGAUGUACAGGACAGUCAGUGAGCCUUGAAUGGCAUAGUACAGACGUUAAGGAAGGUGGGAAAAUGUGGCCUGUACUAUAUGCAUUGAAUCAGAGAUCUAAAGCUGGAAGGAACCUUAGAAAUUGGCUAGCCCCGUGGUGCCAAACAUAUAGAAAUGGAUAUUAACUUAUAAAACCACAAAUUAACCUUCCCUAUCUUGUAUUUUUAUUUUGUUAAACAUUUUCCAGUUUUAAUAUGGUUCCUGCCUCACUGUGGAGUGUUGGGGGGACAGCAAGUUCGACACCUGGCUAGCCCAGUGCCUUCAUUUCACAGAUGAGGAAACUGAGUCCCAACGAAUGGAGAUUUUAAUGCAAGUAGCUUCUCUUGACUCCAAACACACCGCGUUUUCUACUAUACCACACUCCCAGCUCAAGUCAAGAAAUUACUACCACAUUUUAGGAAGAUUUUCAACAAAGGUUGAGGCAAAAAGGAUUUUCUGCUUUAAUCCUCAGUUAAUCCGAAAAUUCAGCUCACCACAGUUCCCUGUUCCUUGAACAUUCCAGUUAGCCCAGACCCUCACUGUCAUGUGCCUGGUUUACUGGGACCACCUUCUAGCUAAUCCCUCUGCUUUCCAUCUUUCUUCCCUCCCAUCUGUCCUGCAUCCUUAGCCAGGCUUAAUUUUUUUCUAAAAUGACACUUUCAUCAUAUUACUCCCCAGGUCAAGACCCUCAUUCCUUUUUUUGCCAAAUACCUUGCUUAAACUCUGCCUGACAUUCAAGGCUUCCACACUCUGACUUCAGGUCCAGCACCCUGUUCCCCCCAAACAGUCAGCUUCCCUCCACAGACAGGUUGAACAAAGUGGAUUCUACUACAGAGAGAUGUGCUGUGAGAUGAAAUUGAGACUACCUCUGGUUGGAAGGAUCAAGGAAAGCAUCAUUUCCUUCUCUUUGCCAGUCUCUGGGGCUAGAGUUAAAAACAAAACAAAAUAAAACAAGAAAUUGAGGAUUUAAGAGGUAACAAUGGAGCCUAUGCCUGGCUUCCCCUCUCUUCCACAGGCUUUUAAAAUGCCUCUUAUUACUCCAAGUAUAGCUGGAAUGCAAAUCGUGGCCCGAGCAGCUGUAGCUGUUGGGUCUCACCGUCAUCCUCAGCUCCUGUAUUCAUCUAUGACUUAUUGUGAUGAAUAUUUUAUUGGACAAUGGUUUGCCUUAAUUAAACC